UUCUCCUCCAUAGAAAUGGCAUCUGGAUUUUGUUCUCUUUGUCCCACUGUCACUUCCUUAUUCUCGUCCCAAGCGCUUAUACCCACUCUACAGUGGCGUUCUAGUUCGAGUUCUAGGUCUCCUCCGGUACAUAUUACCCGCGUUUUAUCAGUUGAAACUGUUCCCAUAAGCCCCUCCUUCACCUGGAACGAUGUUUUCGAGAAUUGUCGAGCCGAGUAUGUGCCUCAAAACUCGUCCGAUCUCACCGGAUUUCUUGAGAAAGUUGACCGCUGCAAUCGUGGAUUAGAAAAGUUAGCUGAGUUCAUUCCAUUUGUUAUAGAGGAACAAAUCGUUGGUUAUAUUCACAAGGGAUUUACAAAGUACUUGAGGGACUUUCAUGAUAUCUUUACAUUUUCACAAUAUGGUGGCCAUGUAACACUUAACAUGAUGCUUAAAAAGCCUGAAGAAAGAACCAGAGCAGUUGCAAAUGUGAUCAAAAUCUUGGGUAACAGAGGAAUCAUCCCUGGAAUACGAAAUGAGCUGUAUCCUGUGAAGCCAUCGUUUAAUGCUUCGGCCUUUUUUUCUCUAGAGCGUGCUGCUGCUCCUUAUUUCGGAUUGAAGGGUUACGCAAUUCAUGUGAAUGGGUAUGUAGAAAGAGAUGGACAAAAAUUUCUAUGGAUAGGUAAGAGAAGUCUAGCGAAAUCCACUUAUCCUGGAUUGCUUGAUCAUCUGGUUGCUGGAGGAUUGUGGGAAACAAAGCCUCAUGGGAUUAGUGUUUGUGAGAAUCUGGUAAAGGAAUGCAAAGAGGAAGCUGGGAUUUCCAAAGUCUUGGCUGAUAGGGCGAUAGCGGUUGGUGCUGUUUCAUACAUGGAUAUCGAUCGGUACUGUUUCACACGUGAUGUGCUGUUUUGUUAUGAUUUGGAGCUCCCUCAAGAUUUUGUUCCCAAAAAUCAAGAUGGAGAAGUUGACAGCUUCAAGUUGAUUCCAGUAGCCCAAGUUGCUAAUGUGGUUCGGAAGACUAGUUUUUUCAAGGAUAGUUGUUCCCUUGUCAUUAUUGACUUCUUGUUUCGGCACGGGUUCAUCCGACCAGAGUCACCGGGUUACUUGGAUCUAUACCGUCGCCUGAGGAAUGGAGAUUGCUCUUAAGGAUGUUACUAUCUGAUGUUUCAAAGUAAAAGCUCACUCUAUAUAUAGACUAAUAUGAGAUACUCUGACUAUGUAAUAAUUAAGACUCAUGCAUGUAUAUAAUAUUCAGUCUGUUGAGUCA